GUGUCCCUAUGUAUAUCACUCUGCUCAACACAAAACAAGUACUCAAGUGUGUUUCCUACAUUUGUAUAUUUACACAUAGGACCACGACCACACAACCAAAAAGACAAGGAUCUGCGCUACGAGAAGUAUUCGAAACUGAGGUUUUGUUGACACAAGAUGACAUCAGCGGUACAUCGGCGAUGGAAGCCCCAUAACCCGGUGUACGUUCUGGUUCUGGCAUUACUAAUGAUGCCAGUCCUGCCUCAGCUGCCCGAUGGAAACGAAGCGUUUGGUAGACGAGAUCCAAGACAAGACAAAACCGCGGCGGCUGGUGGGGAUGAGGCGGGUGGUGGUGAUGAGGCGGGUAAUGACACAGAUGAGUCAUCCUGGUGGCGCCCGGGCUACGAGGGCGAUGGCACGACGCACGAACAGCUUGGACAGCUGCACUGGCCUCCUGUCGAGUACACAAAGUACAAGGGGCGUCCCAACUACACUCGGGAUUUUACCUCACAACUUUUACAACUUUACGAAAAGUCUCUUCCGGCUGGUGUUCAGCGACGAUCCGCCGCUGCCACAGAGUGAGUAUCACCCACGAACUGACUCCACCAUCCGAUGCUUCAAUUGGGCUCCUGUGCAAUAAAAUAUAUUAUGGUGUUGGGCGAUGACGUGCUGGCCCUGGGCCCCAAGGUGGAGCGGAACGAUUGGACCGAUCUGUUGGCUCGCUACUGGUUGCUGCUUUUCUUCGUGUUAUUCUUCAUGGCCGGCAUCAUUCUCAUCCCGUGUAUCGGUGUAUGCUAUUGCUGCCUCUGCUGCUGUCGACGGUGCAAGCAGGGAUGUCCGACAUGCACUGUCGCAAGGGAUUUCAAGCGGCGCAUCUGUUGCGGCAUAUGCCUAGCGAUACUUAUCUUGGGCCUAUGCUUUGGCGUCUACAUUGCGUUUGUGUCGAACAAGUUUUUGGAUCGGGGAUUUGACGAUACUUCAAUGACAGCGAGGCGCGGCGCGGCAGCGAGGACACUUGCUCCUUUCUGAAGGAUGUGGCUAAUCACCUCACGCAUCUUUUUUUGAAAAACUUUAUGAAAUUGGAGACGCACGUUAUCGAUUUAUUGGAAAAUGCGGAUAAACACAUCUUCCGACAGCAAUGCGCUGGCUGAAUUAGAGCGCAUCUUAGACAACAUGCCAGAAGCUCUAAUCAUCAUGCGUAAUCUGGAUAUGUUGGAGAAGGAAUUACGCUUGUAUGGGUCCCAAUAUCGAGACUGUCUUCGAGGAGUGAAAAGAGACAUCAACCAUGCAUGCGCCGUUUUAUGCCAAAGAACCGACACCUGGUCUUUCAACCAUUAUAACGAAAUUCCGGAAUUAGGCUAUGCGAGAUGCCUAUGCCUAUGCUAUGCCUACACUAUGAUCAGAUUCCUAAUACAACUGUCUAUGUGGAGGGUAUCGAAACGAUUAUUAAAGAGAAAUAUUUUGAAAUACCGAAGAGUGCCAUGGUUCGCCUAAAAGAAGUAAGUGACAAAAUCCGGAAACAGAUGGAACUCAUCAUCGCGCCAUUGAAGCGAGAUAUCGGCAGGGGGCAUGGUACCCUUUUUGGAUAUGCCUCAAAAAUACGCAACAUAAUUGAGGCGAGGCAGUGAUCAGUGAUAUUCACCUCCAUACUAAGCGUUGCACAAAGACUUACGACGAUGUCUACGAAAAGCUUGGCCAAGAUCGCGAUAAUAUUUACGAAAUGACAUGCAUCUCAACCUUCAUACUUAUUAUAAUCCUGAUAUUGGCACUCUUGUGCGGCUGCAUCGGGCCAAGUCGGACGGCAGCUGGUGACCUUGGAUUCUGCUGCAAGUCAACGGGCGCCUCCUGUCUGCUAAUGUGAGUGCGCUGCCUUUAGAGGUUUAUCUCUUUCGUUAUCUUUUAUGCUUCUGCAUAUUUCACGGCCAUGAUUCUAAUAUUUUGUAUUUACUCGUUCGUUACGCUGGUUGGACUGUUCUACUUGCUCAUCGGGGUGGUUACCUAUGAGGGAGCCUGCGCCGGGUGCUGGACGCAAAGCUAGAUGUAAGCGGAAUGUUGUCGUCCACAGGUGAAGAUUUCGUUUUGCCUCCUAUGCGUAUGUCGAAUGCCAUCAGGAACUGCCAGGCAAAUGAGUCCAUCUUUCACCUGCUGCAAGUGAAUAAACUGUUCAUUGUCGACGACUUGACACGCCUGCAGUUGUCACUCGAUGACCCCAAAGAAACUAAGCAGCUUACCGACAAUCUGUCAAUGCUGUACCUCUUGACUGCCGAGGAAAAAAAGCUACUUCGUGAGAUGCGUGACAGCAAUCUCUCCACCUACCACGGCAGCUCAUACCUACCACAUCUGUGCACUCGUUAUUCAACUAACCCUGUGGUACCCAAUAUUGCGAAUCAGUUGCGAGAUUAUUAUACGUACCAUGAUGGUGACCCGUCCGACUAUAAGGGAUAUAGCACCUACCAUUAUUACUACUGGAAUGCUCACGUGUCUUUCCAUAACAGUCGCAUUGAUGUCGAAAAAAUGUAUAACACAUAUAACGACAGACUAGUACAGACAACGAAUACGAUGAAGCGCGAGGUUAAGAAGAUCAGUGAACUUAUUUUGUACGAAAACUUAGAUUUUGGCGAUUCAAUUGAUAUAUUGCUCUCUAGGAUAUUAAGGGCUGAGAAGUUUAUCCAAGAACGAGGCAAGGAGUUUAUCAACAAUCUUGCCCAGAAUCUUACCGACGCCAUCAACAGCCAGAUCCACGAUUACAUAGAUAUGAUAAUUAGUGAAUCCAACAAGAAUGUCGGACGUUGCCAGCACCUCGCCUACAUUUACUACCGUGGCGUUCGUUUCGUUUGUGAGCGCCUAGUGAAUCCUCUAAAUAGUGCCUGGGUGGGCUUGCUGCUGUGCUCCUUUCUCUUCCUGCCGAUACUCUACGUAUGCCAUCGUCUGAUGUGCUUGUACCUUGUAAUAUAUCCUGGGGGAACAGUGACAGAUGGCCACGAUUGUCAAAGGUGCAGAGCUCGAGCAUAUACCCCACGUCCGCUUGGUACUGAUUUCCCCGUUGGCAUUCCCCACCCCCAAGACGUUUUCUGAAUCAGCAGCCAGCAGUGGUGCAGAUGCAUGUGGAGAAGCGCAAGCGGAAGAAAGCGUAGAAGGAUCGCUCCCCCCAUGUUGUUGCUGUUGAAUUCUAAAUGAAUUGUGGACAAUUCUGAUCCAAUUUUAUAAUUUGUUAUGCUUCCCAAAAUACACAAUGUUUUCACAUUAGCCAUAAAAAAGAUCAAAU